AUGUUCGAGUCCAAGUACGACCAUACUGAAGGCGAAGCCCCUGACUGGCACAACAUUGGAGACCCUGUGGGAUGCUUCGACAGGGAUAAUACCUGGAAAUUUGAAGAGCCUAUGUCGGAGAAAGAUGAUGAUAUGCCCGAAUGGCCCUCAAACCCAGAGAUCAACCGUGAGACCUUCCAAGACCAAGAAGUUCUUCCCAAAGAUUGCUCUUAUAGGAAUGAUGGAACCAAUCCGGGCAGACUAUUUUGCCCCGAUUUGCCAGACGGAGGUGUCAAUUGUAAGGAGCACGAGGAUCACAAGAAGCCAGAGAAGACGUAUGAAUGCGGAGAUGAGGGUGGUAGAAUAUUAGAGAAGUUGGGUUCAAGUUGGGAAUCUGGAAGACCUGGGGUUCGGAGCAUGACAAAUAUACGGAAUAAAACGCACUGCGAGUCCCGAUCCCGAGUUAUCCCAGUAGAAUGCGGUGCUCGUCAGCACCCCGCUAUGCCCGUCCAUUCGCUGGUACCCCAACAGCUCAUACUUCUACCACCUACCCUCGCCGACACUGUUAAUGCUCCCGGUACGCUUUCUACGACUCAGAAUUACCUCACUGCAAGCUUCUUUUCGACCAAAAUCUUACAUUCAGUCGAAAUCGUUCGGAAAGAGCGUUCGGAGAAUGGCGCAGGAGUUCAAGCUCACGUGCUCCUUCUGGAGGUCGAGGAUAAGAUUCACGCUACAUCUGCCAACUGUACACACUACGGAGCUCCUUUAGCCAAGGGUGGGCUUACUCCGGAUGGCCGACUUACGUGCCCGUGGCAUGGAGCUUGCUUUUCUGUUUCAACAGGCGACGUCGAAGACGCCCCCGCACUAGAUCCACUCUCCAAGUACGAAGUGGUGGAGAAGGAUGGCGCAGUCUAUGUCAAGACGGUCCAAGAUACUCUCAAUGCUAAUCGAAGAUUCCUGAAUUUGAAGUGUUCGUCAGUGAGCAAAGGCAAGGUUCUUGUAAUCGGAGGCGGAUCAGGCACCUUUGGCGCCAUCGAAGGGCUGCGAGGUGGAGGAUAUACUGGUCAGAUCACUGUGAUCUCGAAAGAAGGCCUCGACUUGCGGCACAGUCCGAGAAGGGGCAGCAAGCAGCCAGGCCACGAAGACAUGUUCGCGUCCGAUGAUGCCGAUGCCGACACACCCGCACACGGAAAUCACUCGCAACAACAGUCUGUCUUCCCGGUGCCAAUGUCCUUCACAUAG